AUGCACUUAAUUAAAGUAUAUAUAUUUUUUUAAUAAUGCGUAAUAAUUACCAAUCAUAACAAUAAUUAUAAAUAUAAACAAACAUAACAAGUCUUGAUGUUGAAAGUAUUUCGAAAUUGUAUCCUUUUUAAAUACAAUUUAAGUAGAUCUUUUGCUUUUCGUUUUUGUGUAAAUUUGGAUCUCGAAUGUUGUAUUUAUCAUUCAAGUAGUUAGGGAUCAUUUAUAGGCAUUAAAUCUCGCAAUUACUCACAUGAUACAUUAUAUUACUUAACCAACUUUCCUAAGAUUAUGCCAAUAGAACAUUUUACACAGAUCAUUUGUUAGAAAUUAGCUGUUCAGAAAUAAAUGACUAGAUUAUUUGUGGUCUUAUGUCCUAUAAACUCUUUUUACUAUUCUAAACUUAAACUUGUAAGAGUAUUCUGUAACAUUUCAACAGCAAUUUCAUAUUAGUUAUACCAAAAUGUAUUCAGCACCAAGGAUAAGUAGGAGGAUAUAAAGUUGCUGGAAAUUUCGCUCAUACAGUAUUAACAUCAAAGAAUUCUAAAAAUAGGUUUUAAUUAAAAUCUAUAGAUGCUACGCCAAGGAUUAGUGUAAGAAAUGGGACUUUAUAAUGAGAGAUCUUAUUUUGAUUAAAAAAUUGAUUUCAAUUAAAAGGAUAGGUAAAUUUAAAGUGAUAGAACAGAAAAGAUAUAAAUAUAUAAGUAGAUAUUGAGUCUAUAGGAAGGGUAAUAUGAAUUACAAUUAUUAGGAUACUAAUGUUGA